AUUUCAAGAUUAUAAUGCCUGUGAUUUCUAAAUACGACACCAAGGACUACCCACCCCUCAUUUUGUGUGGACCUAGUGGAGUGGGAAAGAGUUCUCUUAUUAAAAGGAUGAUGGAAGAUUUUCCCAACAGUUUCGGGUUUAGCGUGAGCCAUACGACUCGAGCACCUCGUGGACAGGAAGUUAAUGGCGUCGAAUACUAUUUCGUUACAAGGGAGGAGAUGGAGAAGGAUAUUGCCGAAGGGAAGUUUAUUGAGCAUGCCAUUGUGCACAAUAAUAUCUACGGAACUUCGUUCGAAAGUGUGAUGAAGGUUGUUGAGAACAAGAAGAUCUGUAUUCUGGACAUUGAUGUUCAAGGUGUUCAACAGGUCAUGAAGUCUGGAAUGAAGGCGGAGUAUGUUCUCAUCAAGCCCCCAAGCUUUGAGGAGCUCGAGCGCCGUCUUCGUGGCCGAGGCACUGACUCGGAGGAAAGUAUUCAAGUGCGCUUGCGAAACUGCAAGUAUGAACUGGAGAUGGGAGAGAAGCUUAACAUCCCUCAUGUGAUUGUGAACGACAACUUUGAUAAGGCGUAUGAAGAGUUGCGUCGCAUCAUCCUGCCCAUUAUUCAACACCAAAAUGUAUAA